GCGCUGUGAUUGGCACUGCUGGUCGGCUGUUGCACCGCAGCGCACACUGUUCCCAGCCUAAUCUUUGGUUGUGCAGGUCUGACCGUUCCGCACGUAGGCGGUCCCCGUACUGGGGCUGUGUUGUGUGUUUACAGCUGGGAGGUUAUAAAUUUGCAUGUUCCCAACAGCCGCUCGUAGAUUAGCACUAAGCUGCUGGAUGGCUAGUGAAGGAGUGUUGUGCGGGCCAUAUACACUGAGACAAUAGCGGGCUCCCCUACCUUCAAAGAACCCCUUCGUAUCUGAGACUUUUUGUGGAUUUUUUUUUUGUUUUGAAAUUGUUACCAGUACUGUGAAAGAAAAUGGUUCAGAACAAGACUGCAGAGCUGAAAGGCUUCCACCGUUCGUUCAAGGGGCAGAUACCUUUUGAUGAUUACUGUGAUGACACUGGGCCGUCUCAUAUUGAGAAGGUGUUUAAUUUUGACUGUCCUACAAGACCUGACAUGCCCUCCAGUCAACCCAUUGACAUCCCAGAUGCGAAGAAAAGGAACAAGAAGAAAAAACGAUGUCGCGCCACAGACAGUUUCAGUGGCAAGUUUGAAGAUGUUUACAAGCUUAAUGGAGAAAUGUUGGGGGAGGGAUCUUUUGCCAGGGUACAGACCUGUGGAAACCUAAUCACCAACAAAGAAUAUGCUGUGAAGAUUAUUGAGAAGCGACCAGGCUAUAGUCGGAGUCGGGUAUUCCGUGAGGUGGAGAUGCUCUAUCAGUGUCAGGGACACAGGAACAUUCUUGAACUAAUUGAAUUCUUUGAAGAUGAGGACAAGUUCUACUUGGUUUUUGAAAAAAUGAAAGGAGGGUCUGUAUUAACGCACAUACACAGACGAAAGCACUUCAACGAACGGGAAGCCAGUAUUGUUGUCCAUGAGAUAGCAAGUGCAUUGGAUUUCCUUCACAACAAAGGCAUGGCCCACCGCGAUUUGAAACCAGAGAACAUCUUGUGUGAAAACCCAGAGCAGCUCUCUCCUGUAAAGAUCUGUGACUUUGACUUGGGAAGUGGGAUAAAAUUAAAUGGUGACUGUUCCCCCAUCUCAACCCCUGAACUUCUGACACCGUGUGGGUCUGCAGAGUACAUGGCACCAGAGGUUGUGGAGGCGUUUAACGAGGAGGCUUCGAUAUACGAUAAACGGUGUGACCUGUGGAGUCUGGGUGUUAUAUUGUACAUCAUGCUCAGUGGAUAUCCACCCUUUGUAGGAAACUGUGGUACUGACUGUGGUUGGGACCGUGGUGAGGCGUGCCCUUGCUGUCAGAAUAACCUAUUUGAGAGCAUUCAGAAAGGAAAGUACGAGUUCCCCGAGAAGGACUGGGCUCACAUCUCUUUUGGUGCCAAGGACCUCAUUACAAAACUCUUAGUCAGAGAUGCCAAGAAGAGGUUGAGUGCAGCACAAGUGCUGGAGCAUCCAUGGGUGCAGGGGCAUGCGCCAGAGAACAGUCUUCCAACACCCCGUCUUCUGCAGAGGAACAGCAGUGCCAAAGAUCUCACGUACUUUGCAGCCGAAGCAAUCGCAGUUAACAGGCAGCUAACGCAGCAUGAAGAAAAUCAGGACGAGGAGAAUCAGCCAAUCCUCAUCAAAGCUACCUCAUGUUCCAUGCGGCUGUCUCCUCCCUCUGAAUCUAAAUUGGCCAAACGGAGACAGAAGACGAGUGCAAUCAACGCGGCCAAUCAGCAGUUGUUACCACCCUUGGUCCUGGUUGACAAUUGUGCGUGACAUCAUUUAUUCCCUGAAGCACAUAGCAACUAAACCAGAAUCUUCUGUUGGCUGGCUUCCAAGUCUGGCAAUGUUACAAUACUGCUUCAUACAAGAAGGAACUGUUUACAACAUUUGAAGCCUGCAAAGGAUAGUAUGCAAAUAUAAGAUGCUAAGAGUCAAACAACUGAGAAACGGAGCAAGAAAUUAAAGCAUCUCUUAGUCUCUUCACCAAAGGAAUGUUUUUUUAAAAAAAAAGCAGGUUUUAAACUUGUACUGUGAUCGCCUUCACAACAAUUGUAGUGUAGUUUUAGCUGCUUUUAAACUCUGUAUUAGUUUGGGCUACUAAGUUUGAACUGUGCAUUUCUGCAUUUGCCAGCAGUUCCCAGUGUAAAGCUGUCAGACUAUUUCUCUCUCCAUUGUCUUCCCUGGGUACUGGCCAUGGUGUAUUAAGGAGGCUUACAUGGGACAUGGCAACGGCUACAUAAGACCUGCACUUCAGAGAUUAGAGGCACAACACACCCCACGGAAAGCUCACAUUUCUCAGAUACAUGCUAUCUAGUCUCCAGUUCUAAACAACAAACAGGGCUACUUUUGCAUACCAGACAUUUGAGAAGGGCGAGUGAGAGAGAUUUUGUAUAUUCAGUUUUUUAAAGAAAAACUCAAGUUGUACACCUAUCUUUCCUGUCAGUGUGUUUGUUUCCAUUCUUCCAACUGCUCUGACCAGGAUGUUUCAGAGGGGAAAAUACUGUUUCCUUAAUUCCUACCAAGUUCAAAAUACAAGUAUAUUACACAUUUAUUUUGAUUCUUUGAAUUCUGCAGUGGGAUUUGGGGUAAGAUGACAAUGUCGGAGGUGGGGGAGAAGGAGGAUGUGACAGAGCAACAGGCAUUCCAGAUAGUAAUAAGAAUAGUCUUUCUCUAAGGUUUGUGUGUGAAUUUUCCAAAUGUUAAUGUGUUUACGUUUCUUUUUGUUUUGCAAAUAUCUCUGGAUGGAAUCUGAAAGUGCCACAUACUGAUUUUUGAAGCUUUGAAAAGUGGGUGCUAUCUUUUUAUGUAACGUGGGCUCAUGUGGCCUAACCUUGUUAAUGUGGUGGUUGUGUUCAAAGCCAUUGAAUGUAUAUUUUAAGCUUUUCACUGUAUUGCAGAGCUGAUGCAGACAUUUGAAAGUGUACAGCGGAAGUGUGUGGGUUUCAUUUCAGUGUGGGAAGUGGGGAGCAAGGGCAGUGGCUUCUCUCUGUAGCAGCAAGGUUAGGCAAACAAACUAUUGCAGGGAUACCUGUGGACAGCAGCAAGGUGUGCUGGCCCUUGCAGGAGUCUGAGAUGUGCGUAAACAACCUCUUUGGAGUAGAAAUGUAACUACUGGCUGGAGUGUAGCAAUCCACUGCCAUCUUCAUGGAAGAUUUUUAUCUUUAUAGAUAGUGCUACACAAUAGAAGCUAGUUCCCAGAUGUGGUCAGAUCAGAGCUCUUUCAUGACUCCCACAAAAGGCUGAGGUUUUUAUUUAAGAGACGUCUCCCUGCUGUACAGACUAGGAAAGCUCCAAGUGUGGUUCCCAGCCUGAGUUGAGUUACUAAAGUCUCAGUCAGCCCAGCAAUAGGACAAGCUGCAAUUGAUUACUGAUUUUUGUUUUGGAAGGAAUUCUUCCUCUUGAUUGAUACAGGUAGAAAAUGUGAAAGCCUUUGCAGGUGGGAGUGGGCUUGUCAACUAUGCACAAGAGAAAGAAGCACUAGUGAGGCUGCAGAGGGCAGUUUGCCAGUAGAGGGGUAACUGUGCAAUGCCUGUGUCUCCAGGGAGUGUGGGAAUGGGAAGGAAUUAAAACUAUAUCCUUCAGUUUAAAAUAUUUUGAGUAAUUGUGGUUCAAAACAUAACAAAGACAUAAAAAGCAUUUCCUCAUAGGUGUACCUUCUCUUCUGAUACUGCCUGAUUUUCCUUUUUAAAUGGAAGAGUAUGGAUUGAAAGCAUCUUUUGGCUGUGACUUCCACUGAUUUUUGUAGUUACAAGUUUGUCUGUCUUCUAUCUUGAGUCUUCCUGGUGGAAUCUAUGCAAAAAAUAUUGCAUUGAGGGGCACGUUUGUUGAAGUGAAUGACUUUUACUUUGGACUUGCCUCCCACUUUGUCUGGGAGUACACACUUUGCAAAAUACAUGGCUGGUGGUGAUUCUUUUCAGUUGUGGGAACCAUUUGGACAUGAAAAUGUUCAGGAUGAAACUCCAAAGCCUUCAAAUCAAAGCUUUUUAGAGGUUCUUCUGAAUGCAGAAGAAUGUUGAGUGGAUCAGUACUAAUUGAAACUGAAGCCAAACCUCACUAAUUGGAAAUGUGAGGUCUUUUCAGUAUAUCCAUUUAAUGCAAGUUGGUUCCAUUGCCCAAUCUGACCUUAUUUUCUGAAACAGUAUUAUCAGCAACUGUACGGUACUUUAUAAUGAAAAGCUGGUAGUACAUGAAGCCAAUUUAAAUUGUCGUACAUUGCUAUUAUUUUUGCUGAAUAUGACAUGUUCUUGUUGUCUUAUACUAAGACUACUUGAAUUUUGUAUGCAUUACAUCAUCUCAUAUGAAUGCUCGCCUGUGCUGAGCAGUAGCACAGCGUGGUUUAGUUAAGCACCAGCCGUAAUCGAGCACUGUUGGUAUAUUAGCUGGCUCCUAAGGGGCGUGAAGCAAAGCACUUUAUACACCAGGUGACUGAUGAGGCUCACUCUAAAACUUCUUACUGUUGUUGCCAGGAUUUUUGUAUUGUUUUAUAAAAAUUUUAAUAAAUGCUUUGAACUUAAA